CAGAAAUCUUAACUUCAAAGUUAUCAUUUAUGUAUGACAACAGGUUAGAGCUGCUAAUCAGAAAACCCACCAUCUAGACCUUCCAGUGAUACUGUCCUACUGGGGUGAUUCUAAUAUUGUUAUCCAAGCCAUCUAAACUCAAUAGUACAGGGUUAGGCGAGUAAUGAUGCAGUUACACAAUUCUCAAAGCACAUGGGAGCAGCCCUGUUAGAACUUACUCCUUAUUUUACAAAGGAGCAAACCGAAAGUCAGUGAGGUUAGGGACGACUUGCCUGCCUGUUUGGGACUCUGCCCCUGUGUUCCCCAAACCUUCUGCCUCUCUAGAGCUUCAGUGCAUGGCAGUAGGAGAAGUCUCCUGCCAUUGAGAAAAGGCCAGACGGAGUGUGGAUCCUAGAGGCAAAAAAGGACGGAAUCCCUGCUGAGUCUGUCUCUGCCUCCUCGUCCUCUAACUGAACUCAGCUCCACUUAGGCUGAGCUGUCACAGGUCCUUUACCGCAGACUGGACCGCUGCGGCUCGCUGCUUCCCUCCCCAGCGUUGGACUAGCAGGAAUGAGUCUCCUGGGAAAGAAAAAAGCAGAAGUCUGGGGAAAGAUUUGGCUGGAAGGCGGGGUGCCUGCCUCUACCUUGGUGGCUGGCAAGUGUUCUAAACGCUCGUUGACUAGGAGAGUUCAAGUGUAGGAGAGAGAGAAGCGGUGGGGGGAGGGGGAACCAGAGAGGGGUGGGGUGGCGAGGUCCCUGCCAGGUUGAUCUGUAGGUGGGCACGUGGAAGAUCCACCUCCAGUUCUUUUAGAAGGUGGAGGAAGGAAGGAAAAGGAAGCUAGUAGCAGCCGCAGGCUCAGCCUCGGUCAUUUCAGUCCCUGCGUGCCUCGCCGCUGCUGCCAAGCUCAGACAGACGACGAGAGCCCCCCUAUUCCCUAGCCCCCUCCUCCGAACCCGCCAGAGCAAGCCCUGAGCCUUUCUGCCAUUGGAGCAACGCCCCCCUACCGGACACAAGAGGGCAGCUUACCCAGCUUCCUGGAAGCAGGUGACCUGUGGCUUUGCGGGGUGCCUCCCCCCAACCUUUAUUAAUGGGGUUCGCGCUCGGCUCCGCAUUUUCCCCUGUGAUAGCCUGGAGGAUGCUCUGAUUCCAAAUUCAGCCCAACAUCCAAGGACGAGCAGUGUUGGCUACGCUACCAGGUGAUGAAUUUCUCUGCAAGGUCAUUGCUCUCAGUCUCCUGUCUUACUACUGGCUUGGAAGCCCAUCUCCUUCCCAUUGAGAAGGCAAGUAAAACAAACAUCACUAUAACAGCCAUCUUGGAAAAAAAAAAGAAACAAGAAAAAUAAAGAGAAAAAAUGUACUUCAGUUUGCACUCAGAGUUUAUGGGUACUUUCUCUGGGGAUGGCUGGCUUUUUCAUCAUGAGUCCUUUGGAAUUAUCUUGGAUCAUUGUUUUGAUGAGAAUUUGUUUGUGGAGGAGUUGUCCCUCAUUGCCUUCCUUGUGGAUAUCAGCUGUCACUCCGCAGUGGCACCAGCAGAGAAGGUUCCCAGAGAUUGUCCUAAAGAGUUCGUCCAUGGGGACUGUGCCUGAUUCACUGAGGCUGACCAAAGCUUCCCUGACUGUAGUUCCAGGAGAGGAGGAGUUGCUCCAAGACCAGCAGUCUUCUCUUUCACAGCAGACAUCACUUAUUCCUUACAGCAAUGCUAAUAAUAGUCUUUUAGGCUUUCCUUCAGAAUCAGUUAGAAUUGGCUUCUUGGACCUUGGCUGCCCUGGACCAGUAGAAACUAUAAUGAAGGAUUCUGAGCAUGAUCUCACCCAGACAGUCAUGUCUUCUGGGAUCUCCAAUGAGGUUGAAAAAUUAUCUCCCACAGACAGCACCCCUUCUGAUAGCUCUCAACCUCAAGGUCACAGUGAGCAUGCAGCACAAGUCCCAGCUCCACGAGUAGACUUGAACCUUACACACUCAGUGGUACCAGUCAACCAGGAUGCUGGCUGCCCCCAACCUUGUGAUGAUCCGGAGACCUUGGCCAUCCUUGUUGUUGAUAAAACACCACAACCCCAGGGAGCAUCAGAUGCAGAGGAUCCUGAGAAGUCUGACAAAAGUAGCAAAGACCAAGAGUUGUGCAUUGACUCUCCAGAAAAAAGACAAGGAAAAGCAAAAACUCUGAUGACAACAUCUGAGAUAGUUCUUCAGUCAGCCACUCCUGUGAGUAGAUCUGAAGGAGGUGAGCAGCCAGUUGAUUUGAACUUAGAAACAAGGCUUCCCAUACAUUCAGAAAGAGAGGAAAGAGAGGAGUCUUUCGUAAUUGCUUUGACUACAUCAGCUCAAUCCUCCACGACAUCUCAGCAGUCUGGCCUCAGUAGCAAACAUUCAGGAUGCUUUCCAGAGCAAGAAAAGACCCUGGAGGCACAGCCUCUGUCCUCCAGAUUCAAAGAAAUGGGUACCAUGACAAGCCUAGAUGAGAGUGGGUUUUUAGCAGAGAGAGCCAACAGAAUUUGGCAAGAUGCUGAGGUUCAGACAAUAACCAGUAUGGAAAGUAGAUCUGUCGCCACCAGCCCAAGUAUGCUUGCAACGUUCUUAAGGGAAAUUCCUGCUUCUGAGACUCUGGAGCAACAAGAGCAGUUGUGUGUCAUUUACCAGAGCAGUAGUAAAGCGAACAAUCCAUUAGACAAGUUGGAAGGUCCAAGAGAAGCAUCGUGCGGGUUUGGUAACAAGACAGAAGUCCACAUCCAGGCAGCUGCUGCUGCUUCUUCCAACGUAUCAGCUUUCCAAGUGGAAAAGAAGUCAACAGAUUCAGCAGCCACAAAUGAGGAACCGGCCUCCAAAAACGGGCUCUCUGGCCUCUGCUUUCUAAAGACUUCCAAUGAUUCCACAAAUAUAUGCAAGGAGGAAUGGCAGGCGGUAGAAAUGGCCACUGAAGGAAAAAGGUGCAUCAUUACACAGUCAACACCUACUACUUUCCUCCCACCCAACGCAAAACCAGUUUAUCCCAUUUCUGCCCAUGUAUAUAACGAAGCUGAAGUGAGUCCCGGCUUGGGGAAAGCUGACCCCAAGUCAUCUGAGUUGUCAAUGAAAACCAUAAAUAACCAGCAACCUGAGCGUGAUUCCAGUGAUGCACAGCGUGAACCACUCAGCCCUGAUGAUGACUUGAACAAACGCGAUGACUGGAGUGUCCGUGACAAAGAUGGCACGACCGAGAAGCCUUUGCCUACUCAAAUAGGAAAAGAGGGGGAGACUGUUGAUUCCAAGGCAGCCAUAAAACCCAGAGUGGAGACAAAACCAGAGUUGCUUUGUCCUACUGCCGGAGGAAAUAACUCCGUAGGACUCACUGUGAGUCCUGGGAAUGCCAUCACUCCCACCACAGGCAGAAAGAACCAGGACCGAGCGUCCGAAGAAAGCAAGCAGGCAAAGGCGGUUACCAGCCUGGGGCUGCCAACAGAGAUGAUGGGCGACUCCAGUCCCAAUUCCGGCAAACGUACGCCCUCUCGGUCAGUCAAAGCAAGUCCUCGCCGGGCCAGCCGAGUCAGUGAGUUCUUAAAGGAGCAAAAACUGAAUGUGACAGCAGCAGCUGCUCAGGUUGGAUUUAUGCCUGGAGAAAAGAAAAAGCAGCUCGGAGCUGACUCCAAGCUCCAGUUUAAACAAUCCAAGCAAGUCAGGGAUGUGAUAUGGGAUGAUCAAGGCAUGACAUGGGAAGUGUACGGUGCUUCCCUAGACCCCGAGUCUCUGGGCAUUGCCAUUCAGAACCACUUACAAAGACAAAUCAGGGAACACGAGAAACUGAUUAAGGGUCAAAGCAACCAGAACCGGAAAUCGAUUUCCUCCGAUACAUCUUCAAAUAAAAAGCUUAAGGGAAGGCAACACAAUAUGUUCCAGGCCAUGAUGCAGAACUUUAGGCGUCCCAACUGCUGUGUCCAUCCUGCUCCCUCAUCGGUGUUAGAUUAAAGGAGACAAUGUGUAUAUAGAAGGGUGUGUGCACACUGAGUACAAUGGGCAUGCAUGUUGGUCUAUGAUCAAGGCUCCAUACAUUUUAUGAGGAAGUCUGCUAAUCAUAAGGAUGGUGCCCUAACUCAUUCUAAAAGAACUUUGUCCAUUUGAAUGUUAUAGUUAAAGAAAAAAAUAGAGUAAGAGAAACAUAUUUCAGUGUAGGUUUACAAACUAAACCGGAAAUAAGAAGCAGAUAAUAGGAAUAUUCAUGGAAAAAGCAUUGUGAGCUAUUUCAUUUUUAUAUCAUUUCCUCACUUUAGCAAACUGGAGUUAUUUGAUUUCAGAUCAUUAUUCUGUAUUAAAAAGUAAAGAUUUAGUGCAAAUUCUUUUACAAUUUUUCUGCCCAAAUUCCUAAUCUGAAAAAUUAGGGGGCUGCACCAAACAAUCUUCAAGGUUCUUAGUUGCUCUAAAUUCUAUGAUUUUAAUUCAAAAAGGGUGGUAUCAACACACAAAAGUUUUAAGUAGAAAAUAAUUAAUACAAAGCAUGCAAUUGAACUUUCAUUUAUCUAUAAGACAAAUUCUAGAAAUUAAAGAAUCCUUAAAACACAAAGAAUUAUCCAACAUUAAUGAAUGUUUAUAUGAAUAUGCAAGCAUUCAAACACAUUGGUCCUGCCAGAAUAUUGGCAAAAAACAAGCAAGUUUUAUUAGUCCUUUUCUUGCAUAGAAAAGAUAAUAUGUAUUAUGUAUCUUAUAUGGAAAUAUGGAAAUACUACAGUCAGAUUUCAAUGAUCUUCUCUAAUACAAUUUCAUAUUCUUAACCUACAAAAAGUCUUUUGAUCUGAAUUAAUGAGAGGAGUUUUUCCUGUGAUGUUCUACCAAGAAAAAAAAACAAUAAAAAUUCUAAGAAACUCAGCAAAUAUAAAAACCUAUUUAUCACUUAAUUGUCUGUUGGAAAGCCACAUGAGUAAUAAGAAUAAAGUGGUUGAUUCCUGUUCUAAUAAUUAUAUAAACAAAAAAAUACAUCAUGUUAUUUUUCCAUUUAAUAUGUCCCAGACCUAAUUCAAGAAAAUGCAGUGAAUAUUUGUGAGACAUGAACUUUUUUCAGAUAGUAUUUUCAGAGGAACUAAUUGCACAAUGGAUAGAGUGCUGGGAACUGGUGCCAGGAAGAUAUGAAUUGACCUCACACUCUUCCUAGAUAUGUGACCAUGAGCAAAAAACAUAACAAAACAAAACAAAAAACCUCUCAAUAUACCUUGUCUCAGUUUCCUCGACUGUAAAAUAGGGACGGUAAUACUCUGACCCUGUUGGUUUGUUGUGAGAAUAGAAUGAGAUAACAUUUAUAAAAAAUUGUUAGCACAGUACUUAGCACAUAGUAGGUGCUAUAUGAGUACUUAAUGCCUUCUUUCCAUAUCUAAUUUGGGCUUGUUGUUAAAGUUUGUUAAUUAGAAAAGAAGUGGCUUGAUUAAUUUAGUUUGAAAAGGAUUAUCAUACACCUCAUCAGAAAAACACAAUUUGGGGGUUUCUUUCAUUCAUCUAUCACAUGCAUCACAAUGAUUCUCACUGAGGCGAGCAUCAGCCUAUUCUUACACGGGAGGCACUGAUGGUACAAACUACUGAAAAGGUCAUUAGUUUUAGUUGACGUAAAAAGUUAAUUUCUCCUUAAAGUACAGGUCUCUGAGCAUAGAUCAUUUUUUCAGCAUCUGAUACGAUAUUCUGUGCCCACUAAGUCCUCUAGUUGGUUUUUAAUUAUUUGUUUUUUAAACUAUCAUGGUUUCCAGGUUCUGAACACAAGGCAGGAAACCUAGUUUUAAUGCCAUAAAAUUUCAAGACAUGGAAUAAAGAUUAUUCCAUGGGUUUGGGGUUUGGGGUUUUUUUAAUUAUUCAUCUAUGUGUGAUUGUACUAUGACAAGAUUAGAAUCUGCACGAAUGAUAGUGAAAGCACUUAUCUUCAAAUAAUAAUAUUCAGAGAGAUCUGUAAUCUUAUUGAUAUUAUUAUUCCUUGCAUUGAAGCAGAUAACUCAUCCAUGCCUGACCAUUCUAUGCAAAACAUGUCCAUGUCCUGUCACAAGUCUGAAAUAGUCCAUUGAAGGGACUUUCCUUCAACACACAUAAGCCAAUUUGAAGCAACCGUUUAAUUGUUUUGAGAGAAAGAGCCCUGAAAACAAAUUAUAGUACUAUUUUUAAAAGUUUGAGUUAUUGGCCAUUUGGACUAUGUUAAAAUAGUUUUUUGAAAUAGAAAUACCUUCCUUGAAAUUAUUAGUAUAUGAUAAUAUCCAGGCAUAAUUGUGUGGAUCCAUAGGUAUUUGCAAUGGUCUCUGUCUCUCUCUUUAUAUCUCUCCUUCAUACACACACACACACACACACACUCACACACACACCCAGUAUAUAGUAGCAGUCAUCAAAAUUAACACUAGAAGGCAAGCUAUAGGUCAAAUAAUACUGUUUAUGAGUUCACAUUCAUAUAUUUUUAAGUGAAGCAGAGCCCAAAAUGUUUUGGGUAUAUAUGUCCCAAAGAAGUGAAAUUAUAGACUUUUGUCUAUUGGAGAAGGAGCUGUAUUUUUUACUCUUAAAACUUUUUUUUAGUUAAAAAAUAUUCCAUAGGUAGCAAUUCUGAUAAGUGUCUGGUACUGACAUCGAACUUUACUUUCAUAGGCUUUUCAUUUUCUUAUUUUCAGAAUAAGCUUUUAGAAAAUACCUUUUUUUUUUUUCACAUCACCUGUGUUUCUCCACAACCGUGCAUUUAAACAUUUUCUGGUAACAAAGAAAAAUAGUGAUUUUUUUUUUUACUAGAUGUAGUGACCAUGUCUGACAAUUUAUACAUUUGUCCUAGUAGGCCCCCACUGUUGCAAGGAGGAGAUAUGUUUCAUGAUCUUCAUUUGUUUAUUUUUUCUUUUGGAGAAUCUUUCCUUCCUAUUCUUCUAAUUACUAUUUUUUCUCUUUUUUUUUUCUUUUUCAAUUUGUAUCUGUUCACAUGCUUCUUCCCAUGUUUCCCUUAAUUCUCAUAAAUUUAUCAUUUUCUACUACACAAUUUUACUUUAUAGUCAUAUGCUAUAGGUUUUCUGGUCAUUACAUGAAAUGUUAUUUUUAUAAUUAUAUAAUAACUAUCAUGAAGUAUUUCAGAACAAAGCAAUAAUUAUUUGUUUUUCAUAUAUUUAUUGAGUACCUAAAAUGUAAAAGGCACUGCUGGAUACUAAAUUACUGACCAAUGAGUCAUAAAAAAGAAAUGAUUUUUAAAAACUCACAGAAAUAUGAUUGUAGCUAAUAAGAAUUAUUUGUAGUGUGAAAUUCCUUUGAGAUAGCAAUAUCCUUACCUCAUGAUAUUUCUAAAUUAUUAACUUUUUCCAUUAAACUAGUCUUUGAGAAUGUUGCUAUAUUCAGCCAAUAGUGUAAAUGGAGGCAUACAAUGCAGACUAAAGUAGCAUCAAUAAUUAUGUGAAUGCCAACAACUCAAGAAGAUUCUCUUUUUACAUUUGACCAACAUUUAUGAUAAUUGUUUCAAAUUUUCUUUGGUGAAACUGAGGAUUUUUUUUUCUUUUGAGUUUAUUUAACUUGAGACUUGAAUUUGCAAGUUUGGGGGAGGAUAAUUUCCAUUUCCUAUGAACUAUACAUCCUAUGAAAAUUAUUUUUAUUAAUAGAGAUGUUUGUACUGACUAAACAAGAAGAGAAAGAAAUGAGCUAGAAUUCAGUAUGCAGAAGAAAAUGGAAAUGAAAUAGAAACUGUUGAAAUAAUAUGUUCCUUGGAAAUGAAUCAUCAUUUUAAAAAAAUCUAAAUUCUUGUUUUUCUAUUUUUAUGAUAACAGCAAUAUUGAUUUGAUUCUUAUAUCAAAAUUUCAUUCAUGUUCUCCUGUUUCUUUUCUUAGGAGUUUCUUAAUUUUCUUAAAUGUAUCCUUUUGGUUACCACAGGCUCAAAUUUUGUCUAUUAAUACACAGUUAAUUUGCCUCAGACACUUCCUAGCUGUAUGACCCUGGGCAAGUCACUCAAUCUCAUUUACCCAGCCCUUGCCCUUCUGUCCUAAAGUUGUUACUAGGACAGAAGGUAAAGGUUGGAAAAAAAAUAGUUAAUUUUUUUUAAAACCUGUGUCCCAAGGAAAUGGAGCAUUAAUUACAUGUUCUUUUAAAAUCAGGAUUAACCAGAAAACUUUUCAAUUUCAACCUCAAAUGAGAUUUAUACAAUGUAUUUAGUACGUUUCACUUCCCUUAGUCAUUUUGGUGUACUGAGUAUAAUUUAAUCAGAGGCGCAAAACCUGUCCCCUAAAAUUUCUCCAAAAUGCUUAAAGCAGAAAUAGAAUAUUACUUGAAAUUUUUACUUUUGGUGUUUCCUUCUGUUUCUCGUGAUCACUUUAAUGCUUAUUUCUCUUUUCUUUGAAUAACCUAUAAUCACACCAAAAGUGUAUCACAAUCAUUUUCCAUUACUUUAGAAAAGAUACUCUUGAAUCAUGAUGUGAAUUUAGGUUAAUGAUUGUUUUAGCUAGGCAGCUCUUAUUUAGAUUCUUUAAUGUAAGCGAAGUAUCUGUUCACUUUAAUGAUGAAUCCCAGCAAAGAUUUCUCACAUUUCUUAGUAUUUUAAAGAAAAUCUAUCAAACUUAAGUAGAAUGUGUGUAAAUGUGUGCAUUUGUAUAUGCGUGAUUAUAUUUUUUAGGGAAAUAGGGCAAACUUAGUUUUGUUUAGUAGGUUUAUGAUAACUAAAUAGUAAUUUUCUACAAUGUCACCAUUCAAAUGAGACUGUUUAUUUUAUAUUGUAGUUCUAAUUUAAAUGAUGCUAGGAUUCCUGCAAAUAGCUGUUUGUGACAGUUAUAAAAUUAAAUAAGCAGUUAAGUAGUUCAGCAGCUUGUCCUUCCUUAACUGUUAUCCUUACGUCACCCCUCUCCUACUCAUUAAGUUGGAGUCUGUGUCUGUUUUGGUAUUUGUGAUUUUUCAUUAAAAGAUUAACUUCUUAUUUAAUAUUGACACUAGUGUCCUAACCGAUUGGGUUCUACACAAAUGGAAGUUAGUUACUGCCACCUGAAAAAUGACAGAUGAUUUGCAGAAUUAACUCUCCAUUUCUUGUUUCAUUAUUCCUUUGAAUGAAAUCAUUACUCUGAAAGUUUGGGAAAGGGGACAGAGGAGGCCCCUCUUUCGAUCAUAAUGCCAUUUCCCCAUUGAUAUAGGAUCAAGAAUAUCUUCAAAUUUCACCAAAGGACAUAGUUCACAUGGAAGAGGAAAUUCAUCAAUCAUUAACUUCAUCAAUUUCCCUAACCAUAAACACCAAAUGGGCUUGGUUGACAAUGACCAGGAACCAUCAAGAUGGACUGAAUCAUGAAGUUCAUCUGUUUCACAAGUAAUUAGUAAUAUCUGCCAGCAAUCAUUUUAAGUAUGAACACUUACCAGCUCAACUACCCACUUGCCACAACUCAGUAACCUCUCUAAAUAUGUAGUAAAAACCAAUACAUAUGUACAUAGGUGUAAAAAGAAACAACAACAUAUUGUAGAAUGCAAGAGGUUGACUAUCAGGGAAAUGCUUUUUGAUGAUCAUUUUCAAAUUCUGGUGUUGAAACCUCAGUAAAAGAAAUCACAGCUUUCAGAAUGGUGCAACUCAACUAUAUUUAAAUAUAAGACACAUAAUUCUAAGACAUAAACCAUCAGAAUAAUUGCUCUGGUCAAAGCCAAGCAAUAAUGUGUCAAAAAAAGGCAUUAGAAAAAAAAUGGUACCAGCAAGUGUGUGUUACAUGCACAUUACAUUUUUCCUUUUUACUCCAAGAAUCCUAGAACCCAGGCUAUAAAUUACCAAUAGUGAUGCUUCCUCCUUCAGAGUUGGAAAACUAUCUUUCCAGGUUCCAUAAAGAAGAAUAACACUAGAAAGAAUUAGUAAUGAUGGGGCCAGGUAUGUCAGCCCUCUGUAUCAAGAGAUUCUUUUGUUGACUAGGAUAAAUAUAACAUUACUAUGGCUCCCUGUGACUGAAAAUCAAGGAUGUGCAUAACAGGAUAAGAAAAUAAAGGUGUUGGCAUAUAUACUUAAUUUUCUCGCUUGUAUAGCAUCAAUUCAGAAUCAGUAGAUUGACUCAGUGCAAAUAAUUACCAGGCAGAACAAGUGAGAACUGUUUCCAUAGUUUAAAAAUGGGAUAAAAUGAACUUAAAGAGAGGAAGGAGGGGAGAAUGUGUGUAUUCGUGUCUCUGAAAAAGUCUCAAAUGAUUUAUUCUCUGUAAAAGAAAAAGUAUUUCAGUAGAGUUUUCCAGAAUAGAACAUCUUUUGUUGACUUGGGUACAGACUUAAUCCUUUGGUGGUAGGAUGGUUGGGUGGAACAUUGAUACUUCAGGAAACAAACAUUUUUUGGUCUUCUGGAGGGUUUAAUUAGCAAACAACCACCAUAGUGAUGUCUAUAAAAUGGUCUAAUGACUUGAGCAUGAAAGGAGACUUUUCUUCAAGAGGGUUUAAUGAAAAAGUCAUGAUUUCUUGUAUUUGUAUCUUUAAUGUAUCAUGGGGAUUUAGGUAUGGGGAGGGGAGGGAAGAUUGCAUCUAUUUCUGGGCUAAGGAUUCUAUGUUUACUUUUCAUCAUUGUUGUUAUUACUCUUUGUUAAUUUUGGAAUUAAACAAUAUACUUGUUUGCAAAAGUC